AUGCGCAGCAGCAAAAUCACGAUUGGAGCGAGUGUUCUGUUGGCAGCACUGGCGCUGAACCAGGCAUCUGUUAUAGCCCAAGGUCCUGUAGUUCCUCUGACAGCCGUCGAGGGUCGCGAAGCGCUGCUGCCUUGCAACGUGACGCCAUCCAUCGCCGGGGACGACGUAUUCCUCGUCCUCUGGUCUAAAGACGCCGACCACAUCUACAGCUACGACGCCCGCGACCGGCCCAUGCAGGCGGGCGCGCACUGGCGGGACAUGGCGCUGGUGGGCGACCGCGUCUUCUUCCGCACGGCGACGUCGCCGCCCGAGUUGGCCAUCGGCGAAGUGCGCGAGAGCGACAGGGGGCUGUACCGCUGCAGGGUCGACUUUCGGGAGUCGCCCUCCAGGACCACCCGCAUCCGGCUCGACGUCGUUGUUCCUCCGCAGGCGAUGAGGAUAAUCGACACACAUGGCAACGAGCUGCAGCGCCUGACGAUGCCGUACGUAGAAGGCGACACCAUGAGGCUGACGUGUAUGGUGUCCGGAGGGAGGCCGCCGCCCACGCUGCGCUGGUGGCGAGAGGACAGCGUGCUGGAGUCCAGGGCGCUGGAGACGGCGUUCCCCAGCGUGCGCGAGCAGAUGCUCAUCCUGCCGCGGUUGUCGCGCGCAGACCUUCACGCCUCCUUCACUUGCCAGGCCGUCAACAGCGACCUUAUCCCGCCCAUGACGGCCACCGUGCGUCUCGAGAUGAACCUGCGGGUGACCAACGUCCGACUUGAGCCACCAGAGGAGCCGCUGUCGGCCGGUCGCGCGCACAGCAUAGAGUGCCGAGCCGAGGGGUCCAGGCCGUCUGCUCUCAUCACCUGGUGGCUGGGGGAUCGACCCUUGCCCGACACUCUCUCCUUCCAGCAGUUAGAGGAGCCGUUUGUUAGCAGUGAUUGUUAUUUAUUGGAAGAUUUUGAUGAUGAUGAUGAUGAUGAUGAUGAAGGUAAUGAUGGUGGCGAGAAACAACCAUUUUCUGCGAUAAUAAUAACAAGAAAGAUGUUCGAAACAAAACUAAAGGAGACCUUUGACUAA